AUGACUCAAGUAGAUCCCUCUUCCAAGCCUGCGACCCCGACUGAUGUCCCAAAGUCUGAGGAGAAGAAACUAGUAGAGGCCAAGUCAACAGCUGUUACUGCUAAGCCGCUAGAUCCCACCACGACUGGAGAGCCACAGAUCGACACUACCCCGCUCGCCGAUCCUAAAGCAAACCCAGAUUAUCGUCCACCAGAAUUAGUGUCGAACACAACUCCCAAAGUCUCGUUUGAUCCUACAACGGGUGGAGUAUGGCAAGACGCAGACAGUGGCGCUAUGGGCUGGGGACAGGGUCAAACUAAUGACUGGAACAAAGCCAACGAUGACUGGAUUCGAAACGCUAAAGAUUGGGAAACUGAACCAGGAACCUUUGGUGCCAGCCAGUGGGCAGCACAGGACGCAACGGCAGCCGACUGGGGGAUGGAUACGGCCGAAAUAGCUCGAUGGUGGGAUCCGCAGCUGAACCAGCGAAAGCCUGGUCCCGGGAUGGUUGCUCCCCGGGCAAUCGAAAUGAUGCACAACUCUGAUCACGUCUUGUACGAAGUCACGAUUUCCGGGAAUCCGACCCCCGAGCCUCAGGCGUCCUCUGCGUUGUCCCCGAAAUCAUCCGUCUCUUCUACCUUGGGUGCGUUGAACUCGCCUGCUGUCGGGUCUAUGCCGCUAGCUUCGCCUACACCCGGGCCCGCGCCGUCUCUUCCCUCCACAUCAGCAGAGCCAACUCAAGCCCCAGAACCCGCGGUUCCACACGUGCUUCCGACGGACGAAGAGCUCCGCGAUGCAACCCCUCAUCCUGCUGCGCUAUAUUGUCGCAAGCAUCACGGCUGGGUCGUCCUGUUCGUUUCUACCACCUCUGCCACCGCAUCCCAUUUGGCCGCGCAUUGGUGUUCCGAUCCCGACAAGAAAGCUCUUUUGAGUAAGCUUCCUGACCCAUCCCUUCGCACCAACAAGGACUGCCUAGACCCCGACGCAUCCUCCGAAUGGCCCCUGAGCUCGAGUACAGAGCACAAGAUGCACCAUUUCCACAAGUAUCCCAACUGCGUUGCCGGUUCUGGGCUGUUCCCCGCUUUGAAACGACCGAGCACGGGGACUAAAGCCAACGGCGACGUCGAAAUGGCAACUGGAUCACAGGCGCAGGAUACCCAAAAUGGAUUUCGCUCGGGCUGGGAACAGGCGACUCGUGCAGAGCAUUUGGAUCUCUAUCUCUGUUGCCAGUGCAAAACUCAAAUACUGUGCACACCGGGCGGGAGUGUUAUACCCUGUAUUACUCCGCUGAGCUCCAUAGAAGGCUUUGUUCAGGAUAGAUCUGCGAAUCCUAAGCCGGGACAGACCAAGGAACAGAGCGCGCUGGGGGCUCUAGAGAUGUUAUUACGGAUUGUAGAGGAACCGUUGUGGAUCGGCAAUAACAAAGCUCUGCCGGUGUCUGGAAAGGUUUUCAGUGCCAAGGUAGGGUGGACUGAGCAUACUCAACGAAUUUUCGAAGCCAUUGGCUUUACUAUCGAGGAUAACCGCCUUGCCCCGCCCUUACUCGAUGCGACCACACCCGAAGGCCGUGCUUCCCGGCUAAAACUAUUGCGAGUUUGGGUAGAAAUUGGGGCAGUGAUUGCUGAUCUUACUGCGCGAAACCCCAAGCUGGUCUCAGCCCGAAAAAAUUGCAUACGGGUGAAGAACAGUCGUGAGGGCUUGGCAGAGCGUCUUGGAUCCAACCCUGAUAAAAUACCUCGAGUUGAGGACCUCAGAGUUCUAAGCACCAUACCAACCAGAGUUUGGGAUGAUCUCGGAAUAACCGGUUCUACCGCUACCCCAGCGAUUGUUGAUUUUGCGUAUCAUGCUCAGCUUCGUUGUGAUCCUGCCGAAACCCCCACAUACUACGAUGCAAUCGAAACACUCUCUCGACAAUCCCAAUUCCCAAACGUCUCGGCAGUUCAGUCUCUUGUAGCAGUAGAAGCCUCAAAAGGCCGAUGGUCUAUCACCGAACUCCAAGCCGCGGCCGGGAAACUCGGGUUCGGAACGGAAAAUAUCAUCGGUUCAGAAUACAUACCUGAAGACACUGACGACGAUUAUAUAUUUUCAGCGUUCCAGGCGGCUAGGAAACUGGCCAGCGCGGAUCCGGCCAAGCGCUCAGAGAUCGAGCGCAGUUUGAGAAUUCUGGCAGAAUCCAGAGCGAGCGAGGUGCUCAUGAAGCGUUACGAUGAGAUUAUGGCGCCAAAUUAUAUGGACACCGAUGAGGCGUAUAGGGUUUUGGAAGUCAGUCGAGAUGUGGACGAUGAUACGCUGGUGGUAGUUUAUCAAGUUCGAAUCGACGACUCUCCUUACUCCAAGGACCGUAUGAAAGCCGCACUCACGCGCGUGGCCGAGGAUCGAAAUAGUACGCGACUCAAGGAACUAGUAGAUACGGGGAUAGAUCCUGGAAAGGCUGCGGUGGUGGUACCUCAAGAUUUCCCUCGUGGACUGCACCAGCUCGGCAAUACAUGCUACCUGAACUCUCUGCUCCAGUACUUUUACACCAUCAAAGAACUCCGCGAAGUGAUCGAGAGCGGGAGUUUUGAUCUCGAAACGCCAAUUUCGGAGGAAGACCUCAUGAAGCACCGGAUUGGGGGACGGUUGGUUACUCGCCGUGAAGUCGAGAGGUCCAAGAAAUUUGUCAAGCUUUUGAGUGGGCUUUUCAUGCAGAUGAUGUGUGCGGACGAUGCAGCCAUCACCCCGGAAAUCGAACUCGCCAAAUUGGCGCUUGUUACUUCUAAAGACGAGGAGGAGGAUGCUGCUGAACAAUCUGCUACAGCCGAGCCCUCGGAGAUAACUGCCAAAAUCGACGGUGCACCUGAACCAGCUCUUGCAGAGAAACCCGAUGAAGCAAUGGAGACUCAACCUAUUGAGCAGCCCGAGGCCAAUCAGGCUCAAGACACGAUAAUGCAAUCAAGACCGGCAAGCCCCCCGUCGACAAUCAAGGAUGGAGACGAAGAUAUGCAGUUGGCCACGUCCACAGAAGACGACAAGGCUCAAGAUGGCGAUGAUGGGGAUUCUAUGGUCGUAGAAAUGGGCGAUGAUCCACCCAGCACUGCUGAAGAGGUUGAAGUCAUGCCUUCUCGGAAGAAAUCCACAAUGGUGCCUGAUUCUGGCGCGAUGAUGUUUGGGAAACAGCACGACGUCUCUGAGGUCUUUGACAACUGCAUGUUCCAAAUCGAAACAGCACUUCGGUUCGAAAACCCAGCAAGCUCGGAAGAAGCAGGAAGUGGGACAAUUAAGAAACUUUUCUAUGGCAAAUUGCUCCAACGCUUGAGCCCUAUCAUCGACCCUACCAGUAGCCCAACGACGUCGAAACGUAUGGCGACCGUGCAUGAGAAGGAAGAUUUAUUCUCGCAUUUACUUGUAAACGUAUCUGACGAAGGUUUUGAUUUGUACGACGGGUUGAGCGGGUAUUUUGAGGACGAGGUCGAACACGGAGGCAGGAGAUCUAGAAUGGAGGUUUCGCUUUUGGAUCUUCCUCCAAUUCUUCAGAUCCAGCUGCAACGAGUACAAUUCAACCGCGAGACUAUGCAAGCGUUCAAAUCGAAUGCAUACAUCAAAUUUGAGGAAACACUGCUGUUGGACAGAUUUUUGGCCAACAUGGAUCCCGUGAAGAAAGCCCAAAGUAAAAAUAUCGAGUUGGAAUUGGCUGCCUGUAGGGAACGACUACGAGCUUUGGGACAAGUAGACAGUAACAAGCUUACUGCGUCGAUCGACGGUGCCAAGAAAUUCUUAUACUCGAUUAAGGACGAGCAUGUCGACGUUGAUGAUGAACUCCUUGCGCAUCUAAAAGAAGAGGUCAUAUCUAUUGAGGAAGAGAUAGCUGACAAACGUACACGAUGCCAGCAGCUCAAAGAGCAGCUCGAAGCAUUUUGGAAGGACGAACGAGAAGCUGAAUAUCACCUUGCAUCGGUCUUUAUACACAGGGGAACAUCACCCUCUUUUGGACACUACUUUUUCUACGCCCGACAUCUCCCCGGAAAACCAGACGAGUGGUUCAAGUAUAAUGACAGCGAGGUGAUCGCCGUCCCCAAGGAUGAGGUUCUGGCAGAUGGCACUGGCUCGACAGCCAAUCCAUAUCUUUACUCUAUCUCACAUUUGACGGGGUUUGCUCCGCCCAAGCCAAAGGCUCCCGCCGUCAAGUUUUCAUCUCCAAGCCUUGAUCCAUGGCUCGAUGUCUCUCUAAAGAUCGCCACUCUAUUGACCGAGUCAAACGAAGCGUUUAGGUCUGCUGUUGAAAAGCUGCCUCUUCUCGCUGUUCCCGAUAGUGCUCCAAUCGAAGAAUGGCGAUUGGCGUAUACAGUCCUAUCGACCGUCGCAGCGGCCUAUAUCUGGGGCAAAGAUCCGGAAUCGGGCAUAGUCGAUAAGCUUCCAUAUGUGAUUGCUUGUCCCCUCCAGGAUGUCGCAGACGCUCUCGGCGUGGAACCUGGUUUGACCUAUAUCGUAGGAGGAAUCUGGAAUCACCAGUAUCGUGAAGAAAGGUCAAGCGAAGAAGAUGGCCAGUUGGAUACUAUCGUCUCUUUUACGGAUGCUCCAGAUGAAACACACUUCAAUUUAACGACGCUCCGGGUUGAACGUGCUGGCGGAGAUGGUCUUCUCCAAGGAUUGAUCGUCUCCCAACUUGUAGCACGCGCUAUUCGGUUGACCAUGUCGGCAUCUCACAAUCAUAACUCUCAUGAUCAUGGUCCUCACAGUCACCAAAAACCAGGGAACCUCAUGUCGCUGGACGAAGUCCAUCAAGCUAUGGCUGAUGCUUUCCACAAAAUGGAGACGUCCAUCUCUCAAUGCACCGUCGAACUCUCCAAGAUGCGGAACGGAUGUGGUGUUGACUUCUUUUACAACAAGUUGAGGCCAUUCCUUGGAGGGUUCGGUUCUCAUCCCAGUCAACCCAAUGGCGUGUUCUAUCCCUCUUCUCCCGACGGAACCAAGGGAGAAUGGCUCAAACUUAGCGGCGCGACAGCCGGACAGUCAUCUCUCUUCCAAGCAUUCGAUACAUUACUCAUGGUCGUCCACCCGAACAACCAAGACCAAGGUCCUUUCGCGAAGAAGAUGAGGAAAGCUAUGCCGGCAUCCCAUGUCCAAUUUCUUGAGACAAUACCUACGCUGCCUUCGAUUAGGGGUUAUAUCCAAUCGCUUCUUUCCAAGCCCGAAUCGUCGCCGGGAGAACGCGCCGUGAUCGGAGGCUACAAUGCCACGGUGCGAGAACUCGAAGGGUUCAGGAACGAACAUAUCAAAAUCGUUACCCUGUAUGUGAUCGGGCCAGCUCGACGUGCCCAACAAACUACUGCAGGUGGAGCAGAGGAUGAUUCACAAAUGCGCGGUACGGGUGGGAGUAACUUGGCGAGAUUGCUCAAGGGGAUGAGGGAUGAUACGAAGCGGACCACGCUAGAACGCGAAUGA